CGGUGCUCCCCUGGCAGUUAGGGACUCUCACUCAGACUCUCACUCGGUACCAACACGCCUCAGUCCCGCAGCGGUACACGCUGUCCUCCUGCUGGAGCUCAUCCCCGGUCCUGUUCUGUUCCAUCCAGGACUUCCGUCUGUCUGACGCCUUCAGGGCAUCUGGAGCAGGCCUUGUGCAGGGACAUUUAAGACGGUUGGAACCAGGAACUCAAAAUCAGCUGGUGGCUGAGUGAAGUCGGUCAGUGAGCGCCGUGUCAGCCGCUGUCGCUCUCCGCUCUGUGACUGUUUGGUCAUGGCGAGCUGCUUGAUCAGCCGUCAGCUGUCUCUCUGCGUGCAGAAGAACUUAUGGCUGAGCUCUGCAGGGUGCCGCUACGUCAGUAAGGCAGCAGCGAAGACGCAGGUGGAGUACGACUAUGAUGGACCCUUAAUGAAAACUACAGUUCCUGGGCCCCGAUCACAAGAGCUGACAAAACAACUGGGAGACAUUCAGAAUGUUGGUGCAGUCAACUUCUUUUGUAACUAUGAAGACAGCAGAGGAAACUACCUGGUGGACGUGGACGGCAACCGCAUGCUGGACAUCUACACUCAGAUCUCCUCCAUUCCGAUUGGUUACAACCAUCCUGCUCUGCUCAAGCUGAUGACCAAUCCCAACAAUCUGAGCACAUUCGUGAACCGACCUGCGCUGGGAAUCCUGCCGCCUGAGAAUUUUCCAGAAAAAAUCACUGAAAGUCUUCUCUCAAUCGCUCCCAGUGGAAUGACUCGUGUUCAGACCAUGGCCUGUGGCUCGUGCUCCAACGAGAACGCCUUCAAGUCCAUAUUCAUCUGGUACAGGAACAAGGAGCGGGGCCACAACACACCGUCUGAGGAGGAGCUGACCUCCUGCAUGACAAACCAGGGCCCAGGAUGUCCAGACCUCAGCAUUUUGUCUUUUAUGGGAGGUUUUCAUGGCAGAACCCUGGGCUGUUUGGCAACAACACACUCCAAAGUGAUUCACAAGUUGGAUAUACCGUCGUUUGAUUGGCCAGUUGCUCCGUUUCCCAGACUCAAGUAUCCGCUGGAGGAGUUCAGCCGAGAGAACGCUCAGGAAGAGGCCCGCUGUCUGGAGGAGGUGGAGGACUUGAUUGUGAAGUGGAGGCAGAAAGGGAAACCUGUUGCAGGAAUCGUUAUUGAACCGAUUCAGUCUGAAGGUGGAGAUAACCACGCCUCCCCAGACUUCUUCAGAAACCUCCGCAACAUUUCACGCAAGCAUGGCUGUGCUUUUCACGUGGAUGAGGUCCAGACCGGCGGCGGAUGCACGGGGAAGUUCUGGGCCCAUGAGCACUGGGGCAUGGACGACCCGGCAGAGGUCGUCUCCUUCAGUAAGAAGCUGCUGACGGGAGGCUACUACCAGAAGGACGAACUGCAGGCCGAUAAGCCGUACCGUAUUUUUAACACCUGGAUGGGAGACCCGUCCAAGAACUUGUUCCUGGUUGAGGUUCUUAACGUGAUCCGCAGAGAGAAUCUCCUGGAGGAAGUGGCCCGCUCUGGGAAGGCUCUGCUGAACGGCCUCUAUGAGCUGCAGGCUCAGUACCCGGGCCUGCUGAGCCGAGCUCGAGGACAGGGGACGUUCUGUGCCAUUGAUGUGCGGGACGCUGCCACGCGAGACAGACUGCUGUUGCAAGCCAGAGACAAAGGCGUGCUCCUGGGAGGAUGUGGGGACCAGUCCAUCCGUUUCCGUCCUGCUCUCGUCUUUAAGGAGUACCACGUCCACAUCUUCCUCAACAUCUUUAACGACGUCCUGGCUCAGUACAAAUAAAGGCCGCACCUGAAGGAACCGAAGCAGAACCUACAUAGGACAGAGUUAGGGAAUCUGGCUGUCGUGAUAAGCACAGAGAACAUGUUUUUUUUCAGUUUAAACAUCCAGAACCUGUUGGGUUCAUAACAUUUAAAACUGCAGUUUUCCUUAAAUAUUACAGAUACAUCCUUUUACCCGUGGAGCCAUGUAGACAGAGCCAGUAAGUCAUGCAGAGUUUGGACCAGAGGACCCAUUUUCAGAAUGAAGAUGCUUCCCUAAAAUAAAUCAGCUAAGAUAUUCUUUAUGUCAUUCAGCUGGGUUCAUGUUGGCCCACAGAGACUGAUCAGGCUGCCAGCAGACUGGAUGACGUCCCGGCAGACCCCCAGCACGCCCCUUAGCUGUUCCCCAGAAAUGCAAAGUAAACCACUCGGCUUAUUGGCCACCUCAGCCGGGUGGUGUUGGUGAAGCGCAUGAACAUGUUUUCCACCACGCAGCUGUUUCACAUCCUUUUAAUUAGCAUCCAGCGCUAACAGCUCAGAAACAAAUUCGUUUCCCGUUCACUGUUUACUUCGUGACCGUUCUGUGUCAUCACUUUUCGGGUUCUGGAUCUGACCUUCACCUGGUCUAAAGGACGGCGUUCGUUCUACAGGAAGACGCUGCAGAACGUCUGCAAAUAUUUGAAUAAGGAUGUGUGCGAUCCUGUAACAGAGUCCAAGCUGUAAAUGAUAAUGUAGCUGCAUGUUAAUAAGGCUGUCCCCAUCCUAAGCAUGAAGAACCAAAGUAUUUAGUGUGUUAGAAGAAAGGCUGAAUAUUGUCCUGAAUGCAGAACCCUGACAGUGAAAAGCAAACCAGCAGACUGCAUGUGGUUUAAUGCUGUCCUGUCUGGGAAUGACUCUGUUCAGCCUUGUUGGAGACAAACCUGAAUCCUAACACACUACGACAAUGUCUUAGGCUGCUUCAAGCAUGCCCAUAUUAUUCAAUUUAUGUUUCCCUUGACCACUUUUUCAUUUAAUAUUUCUUACAUCAACCUGUAAGAGUAAAACUGACUUCACAUUUAAUAAAGAUGUCACAGAUAUCCCAGUGAUACAACAGAUUCAAACUUUUCUAAGCAUAUUAAAAGGCCAAGUUGGCUUGUUUAAAGAUUCUCUACUUUUUUUUGCUUGUUUUAAUUACAAUGGUUAACAGUGCAAGUUCAGUAAGAAAAGCUUCUUAUUGUGGCUUAUCUGCGCAUAAUCUACAUGUGUCCAGAGAAAUGCAUGCUGGGUAAUUCUUAUAUCAGCAGAAAAAAGGUGGACAUGUUCAGGUGUGAUCUCUGUAGCUUACAUGAUGGACAAUCUCCUCAAACAGCACCAGCCAUGCGGUGACCACUCCACUGCAGAUGUUUGAUAUUCCUUUGGUGGCCACAAGAGGCAUACUAGAGCAAGUUUAUCCCACCCUAACGUCCUUAUUAUAGAGCUCAGAGGAAAUGUAGAGUUUUUCCUGAGGCAGAUGGACACAGGGCACAGAGACAGCACAGCUCUGGUCCCUGCUGAGUUAAAGCUGAGAAUUUGGAGCAGACCAGUUUCACAGCCGAACUGAUGUUCUGUUGUGUCCCUGAAUGUUUAAUGAAGCGCGUGUUAGGAAUGUGAACGGCUUCAUUUAAAGUGUAGCUACAGUUAAUUUUGUUACUACAGUUAAAUUAGAAUAAUAUCCAGUUAUAUACAUGAGUACAUGUUCAGUGGUUUUAUAACAGUCAUCCAUAAACUAUAUGCCAGUUAAUGUAACGUCUUAUAUUUAUUCCACAGGGUGAGUUUGGGUCAGGUUUUGCUGCGUGUGGGCAGGCUGAUGUCCAGCAUGGUGUUAGUGAUGACAACAGUACCUGUCUGUUUGUUGUCAGUCAGUAUUACACAGAGUCCCUGUGAUGACGUCCUUUUAAACAACAAGUCUAACUACUUGCACUGGUGAUCUGAGGUCUUGAUGUAAUUACUUUAGCUAUAACUGUUAUAACAAUAAUAACUGUUGUCUAUAAAACAUUCUGUCCUUGUAUUGUGACAAAUAAAUGCCAUUUUAAUUAA